UCCACGGUUUCAUCCAGGGCAGGCGUUUACUUCUCUCUCUAGAGGAAGAAGAAGAAGAGUAAGAUUUGUUGUUGUUGUGUUGGGGUCAAUACCACAAAAAAGAGUAACGAUGAUGACGAUUCCAUCUUAGCUUCUUCUGUUUUAUCUUCACAAACGAGUUUACUUUCUCUCUCUCUCUCUCUCUCUCUCUCCCCCCUGUGUAAGACUCAAUCCGAUCUCACAUCCUCCUUCAAGUUUCAAUCUUGUGGGUAAAGCAAGGAACUUUCUGUUGUUAGGGGUUUCAAAGUUCAUACCUUUAAGAGAAGAUCACUAUUUGGAGAUGAGGGUCAAUGGUAGAUUCCUGGAUUAACGUCUUAUCAAUGGAGAAUCACCACCCUUCGACUCUUCUAUCAAUGGAUUCAAGCGCUUCCUCUCACGAGGAGCUCGAUUUGGAGAUGAACAACAACAACAACAACAACCGCCAAUCUCUCAUCCUCUCCGGUCCUCCCGACAUCAACCUACCUCUCUCCGCCGAGCGAAGCCCUCCUCCUCAGCCUUGGAACCUCGAUUCCUGCGACAUUCUCGAUGUCGGGUUAGGCUCCCAAGCCUACGAGACCGAGAAUUACAUGAGCGUUGUCCCCAAAAUCGGUCGGAAAUGCGCUAAGCGUGUGGACAGCGUCUGGGGAGCUUGGGUCUUCUUCAGUUUCUACUUCAAGCCCGCUCUGAACGACAAGUCGAAAGCCAAGAUCGUCAGAGACAGCAACGGGCUGUCUGGUUUCGACAAAACGGAUCUCAAGCUCGAUGUGUUUUUAGUCCAGCACGAUAUGGAGAAUAUGUACAUGUGGGUGUUCAAGGAGAGGCCCGAGAACGCUCUCGGGAAGAUGCAGUUGAGAAGCUACAUGAACGGGCACUCGAGGCAAGGGGAUCGUUUGUUUCCGUUUAGCGUUGAGAAAGGGUUCGUUAGGUCUCAUAGGAUGCAGAGGAAGCAUUACAGAGGGCUUUCGAAUCCUCAGUGUGUUCAUGGGAUCGAGCUUGUUCCUUCUCCGAACCUCGCUUGUCUCGACGAGGAAGAGAGGAAGAGGUGGAUGGAGCUGACCGGGAGGGACUUGAACUUCGCGAUCCCUCCUGAAGCUAGCGACUUUGGCUCCUGGAGGAACCUUCCCAACACUGACUUUGAGCUCGAGAGGCAUCCUCCACCGCCUGCUACGUUGAAGAACAACAACUCUAAGAAGCUGCUUAAUGGCUCUGGACUCAAUCUCUCGACUCAACCGUCGAAUGGUGAAGCGAACGAUCUGUCUCCCUCUAGCCAACACAAGAAGAGGAAGGACAUGUUCUCUAACGGGAUCCACGAAGAAGAGUGUUGCUUAACCGUGAACCCGCCUGCUGUUGUAGAAGUCCACCAGAACGAGCCACCGAACUGGUCUAAUGAGUUUACCGGAGCCAUGAAGAACGUGCACGGGCCUGUUACUGCUGCGAAGACCAUAUACGAGGACGAGGAAGGCUACUUGAUCAUAAUAACACUUCCUUUCGUGGAUCUGAACAGCGUGAAGGUCUCGUGGAGGAACACUCUCACGCACGGUAUCAUAAAAGUCUCGUGCGUCAGCACGUCGCGCGUGCCUUUCAUCAAGAGACACGACAGGACGUUCAAGCUGACUGAUCCGAACUCCGAGCAUUGCCCACCGGGGGAGUUUGUGAGAGAGGUCCCGUUAUCGACACGUAUCCCUGAAGACGCGAAUAUCGAGGCGUAUUACGAUGGACCGGGAUCGGUUCUUGAGAUACUUGUCCCGAAACUGAGAGCUGGUCCGGAAGAGCAUGAGGUGAGGGUGUGUCUACGUCCACACCUUGGAGGAAACGAUCUUAUGUUGACAUAAAAAGAGAGAGACGUUCUCUGUUACACAGUGUUCUCGUUAUGUAGAAAGCUUAUAGGAGUCAUCAUAUGUCAUUCAUGUUUGCCAUUUGAUAAUAUAUAGACGUUUUCACUGUUUUAAAUGAGAUUAUUCAACUUCAACA